CCGUUUCCCGCGGGGCGGAGCGGGGUUCCCCGCCGGGUCGCUCCGGCAGACGCUGGCAGCAUCAUGUGGCCAUACGCGCCGCUCUUCCUCGCCCUCCUCCUCCUCUUCCUAUUCCUCCUCCUCGCCCGGUUCCUGCGGGGCGCGGGCGGCGGCCCCAGCCCCUUCGCCGCCGAUGCCCGGCGCCCCCCUGCCCCGCUCGUCACCGACAAGGCUGCCCGCAGGACGGUCGUCAAGACAGUUUUCUCUGCAGAUAAAGUCCCCGAGGGGCUCGAUGCCAUCGUGGUGGGCAGCGGCAUCGGGGGCCUGGCAGCCGCUGCGCUGCUGGCCAAGGCGGGCAAGCGGGUGCUGGUGCUGGAGCAGCAUGGGAAGCUGGGGGGCUGCUGCCACACCUUCAGCAAGAAGGGCUUCGAGUUCGACACCGGUAUCCACUACGUGGGGCAGAUGCAGGAGGGCUCCAUCACGCGCUUUCUGGUGGACCAGCUGACGGAGGGGCAGCUGGAGUGGGCUCAGCUGCCGGCCGUCUACGAUGCCGUGGUUUUGGGGGAGCCCGGCAGGGGCAGGACGUAUCGCAUCUAUUCGGGGAAGAAGGAAUAUUUCCAAGGCUUGAAGGAGCAGUUUCCCGGGGAGGGGGCCGCUAUCGAUGAGUUCGAGCAGCUGGUGAAGAGCGUCGCCAGAGGGACCGCAGUGAUGAUCAUCUUGAAAAUGCUCCCCCGGGCACUGGCCAGGCUGCUGUGCCGCUCGGGGCUGCUGCCGCGGCUCAGCCCCUUCUGCCGGCUGGCGUCGCGCAGCCUCAAGGAGGUGGUGGAUGGUCUCACCACCAACCGCGACCUCCGGGCUGUCUUCAGCUACCUCUUCCCCACCUACGGCGUGGUGCCCUCCAAGGCCAGCUUCUCCAUGCACAGCAUCCUGGUGAACCACUUCCUCCACGGCGCGUGGUACCCCAAAGGCGGGGCUGGGGAAAUCGCCUUCCACACCAUUCCCGUUAUCCGGAAAUCCGGAGGCAACGUGCUGGGAAAGGCGCCGGUGCAGAGGAUCCUGCUGGACUCCCAGGGCAAAGCCUGCGGCGUGAGCGUCAAGAAAGGCCAAGAUUCGGUGAGCAUCUUCGCUCCCAUUAUCAUUUCGGAUGCCGGGAUCUUCAACACCUACGAAUGGCUCCUGCCGGCGGAGGCGCGGGCGUUGCCGGAGAUCCAGUCUCAGCUUCGCAUGGCGACACAUGGUGAAGGGGGCUUCACCGUCUUCGUAGGUCUUAACGGCUCGAGGGAAGAGCUGGGGCUGGAGCCCACCAACUACUUCAUGUACCCAGGAAGUGACCUGGAUGAAAUAAUGAAUCACUACCUGGCUUCUUCCAGAGAAGAAGCUGCCAAGAACAUCCCUCUCCUGUUUGUCACCUGCCCAUCGGCCAAGGACCCCACCUGGGAAAUGAGGCACCCAGGUAAAUCCACGCUGGCCAUUGUGAGCUUCACCAAAUACGAGUGGUUUGAGGAGUGGAAGGACAAGCAGGUCAAUAAGCGGGGAGAUGAUUAUGAGGAGCUGAAGAAGACCUUUGUGGACACUGUCAUGCAGUCUGUCUUCAAGCUUUACCCUCGCAUCGAGGACAGGAUUGAGUACAUCUCCAGUGGGACACCCCUCACCAACCAGCACUACAUCGCUAGCCCCAAGGGGGAGUUCUAUGGCAUGGACCACACCAUCGCCCGCCUGCAAGUUGAAGCCAUUGCUGCUGUGAGGGCACAGACGGCUGUCCCCAACCUCUACUUGACAGGGCAGGAUUUGUGCCUGGGUGGCUUCAUGGGAGCCCUGCAAGGAGCCCUCAUCUGCGCCAGCGCCAUCCUCAAGCGCAACCUCUACAUUGAUGUGGCACAGUUGAAAAAGCGCACGCAGGCUACUAAUGCCAAGAAGAAGGACUAACGCCUGUCGUCCCACCAGCCAGGACCUCCUUUCCCCCGCAGCACCUUAUUCUCUGCCGUAAAUCACCUGUAGCACACCCUUCUCUAACACAAAGCCAAAGGCCCAGGAAGAUGCCGUUUCCAUUUCCAGCCAGCUUGUCUUGGACCUUACCCACCUAGAGCUCACCUCCUGCCGCCACAACAUCCACCGCUAGCGAGUAAGAGCCAGUGCUGAUCCCUGGCCACCCUUGGAAGGGGAAAACCCUUCUCCUAGCUUAGGGAAGAGGUGCUCCAAGGGCUGCCAUAUGCAGCAGUGGCCAAGAAAGAAGUCAAGGCAACCCCAAAAAACAAGACUGCACUGGAAGGCAAAACCCAACAGCUUCUACCCUUGGUCAAUUGAUCCUCCCCAGUGUACAAGAGCCACCUGCACCAUGGGAAGAGCAUCAACCUUCACCUGCACCCCCCCAGAUCUGCUGGGUCAAGGGGAGCGAGCCCCGGGGGAAUGCUUUCCCUCUUUCAGAUGUAGCUUUGGCGCUGAGUUGGGCUCCUAAACCUCCUCGUGGGACUCAGCAGCCCCGGGGGUUGUGGAGACAGAGGAAGCAGCACCUCCCUGAGACGGGCAUGGGCACUGGCUGCAUUUAAGCAAGAGGAAAUCACACCAACCCAAGCCCAGGAGAGGCUCACGGACACGGUCCUUUAGGAAGGAGUCAGCUCCUGGGUCAACGGGGUGGUGGAGUAAGCAAGCCCCUCUCACAUGCCCAGUCCAGGUAUGAAAGGAUUUAAGGCAGGUUUAAAGCUAUUUAAGAGCAACAGGGCUUGCUAGAUGUAUAGUGCUUUCAAAGUCGUGCCUUGCUGCAGCAGAGCAGCAGGACUGUGAUGCAGCUCCCCAGCCCUGCAAUGGUACAAACACCCACUCCUUUAGCAAUAAAACAAAGUCUAGCCUUUCUGUCUGCUGGGAAAAGCUUGGGACCGUGAUCAAAGCCCUCUCUGAAUGGGAAGGGAAGCACGUGAGACCAAAAAUAAAUAAAAUAACAAUAAACAUCU